AUGGCCUUCGCCGGCCGCCGCGACGCGCCCGACGGGCCGGACUUCACCGUGCUCAAGCGGCUGGCGCGAGACCAGCUCAUCUACCUGCUGGAGCAGCUCCCCGGGAAGAAGGACCUGUUCAUUGAGGCAGAUCUGAUGAGCCCCCUGGACCGAAUCGCCAACGUCUCCAUUCUGAAGCAACAUGAAGUGGACAAGCUGUACAAAGUGGAGAACAAACCCAUCGUUAGCACUAGUGACCAGUUGUGCUUCUUAGUCCGGCCACGGAUCAAGAACAUGAAGUACGUUGCUGAUAUUGUCAAUGCUGACAAGGCGAUGGGGAGGAGCCGGAAAUACAAGAUUAUCUUCAGCCCCCAGAAGUUUUACAGCUGUGAGCUGGUGCUGGAGGAAGAGGGAAUCUAUGGUGAUGUGACCUGUGACGAGUGGGCCUUCUACCUGCUCCCCCUGGAUGACGAUCUCCUCAGCAUGGAGCUGCCGGAGUUCUUCCGGGAUUACUUCCUGGAAGGGGAUCAGCGCUGGAUCAGCACCAUCGCUCGAGCUCUGCAGUUGCUGAACUCCCUCUUUGGGCCUUUCGCGAACACCUAUGGGAUUGGCAGGUGUGCCAAGAUGGUCUAUGAGGUGUGGCGAGAGCUGGUGGAGGAGAGCGAGGGUGACAGCCAAGCCAGGAGGCCUGAGAUCAGCCAUGUCUUCCUCAUGGACCGAGAUGUGGAUUACGUCACGGCGCUCUGCUCCCAGGUGGUGUAUGAGGGCCUGGUGGACGACACGUUCCGCAUCAAAUGUGGGAGUGUGGAUUUCGGGCCAGACGUCACCUCCUCUGACAGGAGCUUCAAAGUGCUGCUCAAUGCCCAGGACAAGGUGUUCAGCGAGAUCCGGAACGAACACUUCUCCAACGUCUUCGGCUUCCUGAGUCAGAAAGCACGGAACCUGCAGACGCAGUACGACCGACGUCGCGGGAUGGACAUCAAGCAAAUGAAGAACUUUGUCUCCCAGGAGCUGAAGGGGUUAAAGCAGGAGCACCGCCUGCUGAGCCUGCAUAUUGGCGCCUGCGAGUCCAUCAUGAAGAAGAAAACCAAGCAGGAUUUCCAGGAGCUGCUAAAGACUGAGCACUCUCUCCUGGAGGGGUUCGACAUCCGCGAGAGCACCAGCUACAUAGAAGAGCACAUCGACCGGCAGGUCUCCCCCAGCGAGAGUCUGCGCUUAAUGUGCCUCCUGUCAGUCACGGAAAAUGGGCUGAUCCCUAAGGAUUAUCGCUCCCUGAAAACCCAGUACCUCCAGAGUUAUGGGCCUGAGCACCUGCUGACCUUUCAUAACCUCAAGCGCAUCGGGCUGCUGACAGAGCAGGCCCCAGGGGAGACCCUGACUGCCGUGGAGAGCAAAGUCAGCAAGCUGGUGACCGACCGAGCAGCAGGGAAACUCACGGACGCUUUUAAUUCUCUGGCCAGGAAGAGCAAUUUCCGAGGCAUAAGCAAGAAGCUGGGCUUGAUCCCCCGGGUUGAUGGUGAAUACAACCUGAAGGUGCCCCGAGACAUGGCCUAUGUCUUCAGUGGGGCCUACAUCCCCCUGAGCUGCAAGAUCAUUGAACAGGUGCUGGAGCGCAAGGGCUGGCUGGGCCUGGAGGAGGUGGUGCGCCUGCUGAACGGCAAUGAGUUUGCUCCCACAGAGCCGGUCAUGGAGGAGAAUCCCGCCUGGGAGGCGCAGCGUGUCAUCCUAGCAGUCUUCCUGGGAGGCUGCACCUUUUCUGAGAUCUCUGCUCUCCGAUUCCUGGGGAAGGAGAAAGGAUACAAGUUUAUAUUCCUGACGACAGCCAUCACAAGCAGCGCCCGGCUGAUGGACGCCAUGUUAGAGGCGAAGGUGUGA